GACGAUUAAAAAAAAAUAAAAUAAUUUUAACUAAACAAACCGAAUAAAUUCUAAUAACAUUUAAAUAUAAAUAAUAAUAAUAAUAGUUAUAAUGGAGUUUGUAUUCAGUUCUUUAACUUACUUGUUGCUUUUCGUGUUAACUGCGGUAUUGUUGUUCCUGAUUCGAGAUGAAUUGAAAACAAAACAAGUGGACCACAACGCGGGUUUCGUCGAUCCACCCGCACCCAAAGCGUGGCCGAUAAUUGGCCAUUUAUACUUGAUGGCACGUUAUAAGGUUCCGUAUCGAGUGUUCGACGAGAUUAUGGCCGACUUGGGAUCCGUUUUCCGUUUGGACUUGGGAUCGGUACCUUGUGUUGUCAUCAAUGGAUUAAACAAUAUUCGCGAGGUGUUAAUGAUAAAAGGCGACCAUUUCGACAGCCGUCCUUCAUUUCGUCGAUUCAACCAGUUGUUCAAAGGCGAUAAAAACAAUUCUCUGGCAUUCUGCGACUGGUCUCAACUACAAAAAACCCGACGAGAGCUACUUAGAGCUCAUACUUUUCCCAACACUACGUCCAACAUGUAUACCCGACUGGACAAGUGUUUGAAAACCGAAUUGGCCGAUUUCACAGAUACCAUAGACACUAUGACCGACACCGGGUGUGUAGACAUCAAAAACAUGUUGCUUCAUACUUGUGCCAACGUGUUCAUGUCGUACUUUUGUUCCACCCGAUUCUCCAGAUCAUACGACAAGUUCAGGGAGUUUAUACGAAAUUUUGAUGACGUGUUUUACGAGGUAAACCAAGGAGCACCUUGUGACUUUCUACCCAGUUUGAUGCCGCUGUACCAUUGGCAUUUCAAAAAAAUUAGAGCCUGGAGUUCAAAAAUACGCAAUUUCAUGGAAACCGAAAUAUUCAACAAAAGGAGAGCUGCAUGGGUUCCAGGCACCAAGCCUGUGGAUUUCGUGGACAAUUUGCUUGACGCUGUCACGCAACCUGACCGGGACGACGGAUUCGACAUAAACAUCGGGCUCUUUUCGCUAGAGGAUAUUAUCGGUGGUCAUUCAGCCAUCACGAAUUUCAUCGUCAAGACAUUAGGAUUUCUAGUGGACAGACCGGAUGUACAGCGGCGCAUACAAGAGGAAGCGGAUGCCGUGAUCCAGGCCUCCGGGUCAAUUGGGCUUUCCGACCGAUCUCAGAUGCCGUACACCGAGGCCGUUAUUUACGAAUCUCUACGGCUGAUCGCCUCGCCCAUCGUACCGCAUUUGGCCAACAGAGACACGUCGGUCGAUGGUGUACGAAUCCCGAAAGGCACGACUGUGUUCUUAAACAAUUACAGUCUACACAUGAGCCCGGAACUGUGGGACAGCCCCGAACACUUCAGCCCGGAGAGGUUCAUAAACGCGGAAGGGAGGUUAGAAAAACCGGAAUACUUCAUACCGUUCAGUGGUGGAAAACGGUCAUGCAUGGGAUACAAGUUGGUGCAGCUAUUGUCGUUCUGCACUAUUGGAACGCUGUUGAACAAGUACACGCUGCUUCCGGUCGAAGACGUAUCGUACGCCGUACCAAAAGGGAACCUAGCAUUGCCGUUCGUUACUUUUCCCUUCCGCCUCAGACCCAGGAAACAGUGAGUCAAAAUCUGUUUGAAAUGCAGGUGAUCCUACAGUGGAUACGAAGAUGACACGCGUCCAGCGGCACAGGUUACGCUUUUGUGUGUGUGUGUGUGUGUGUGUGUGUGUGUGUAUGUGUGUGUGUGUGUGAGUGUGUGUAUGUGUGUAUGUGUGUGUGUGUGUGCACGCGCGUUCGUGUACGUUUAUAUUAUGUGUGAUAAUGUGUGUGUGUAUGGCAAUUAUUUGAUGAGUCCUGCGUAACUUUAGGCCCGCUCCUAUUAAUGUGUUAGGAGUGUGAGGUUUUGCAGUUACGUGAGACGAUAACGUGUAAUAGCUAUAGCUCGUCCAUCCGUAUAUAGUAAUAGCGAUUACUG